CCAAAUGAAGAGACAGAUAGGGCGAGGUCCCGAACAAUGGAGCUUCUGUCCUCAUGGAACUUGGGCAAGCCCCAUAGGGUGGUACAUGGAGGCGGUCUGGUUCCCUAGCAUGGAAACUCCAGAUAAGGUGAGGAGCUGUCCUUUGGGGUUUUUAUGGAGGCUUCAUUACAUAGUCAUGAUUGACUAAGUUAUUGUCCAUUGGCAAUUGAUUCAACCUCCAGCCCCUCUUCCCUCUGCAGAGGUCAGGGGGUGGGACUGAAAGUUCCAACUCUCUAAUCACGUUGUGAUUGGCUCCAUCCGUCACGAGCUCCCAUCCACAGGUGCAUUGCAAAGGUCAACUUAUUAACAUAACCUUUACCACUCCCAACACUAGGAGAAGACCAAAUAUAUAUUUACUGUAAAUCAUAGGACUCUAACUUGAUAUUAGGUUGGUGAAAAUUGCGGUUUUUGCAAUUAUUUUUAACCUUUUAAACCACAAUUACUUUUGCACCAACCUAAUACUUCACACCUACCAGUUCAUUUUUCAGUUGCCACUUUAAUGAGCAAGUUUGUAGAGCAUUGUUCAUGGUCAUAAACACCUGAGGUGAAUAUGGGAAAUACAACUUUUAAUUCCACCCCUAGUUUCAGCCCACCUGAGGCAUCAUGAAAAGAAACCAGAGUAUCUUAGAUAAAUGCUUUGAGACCAGUGGCAUUUGGUUAGGGUCUCCAGCGAGAUUCCUUCCCGGAGUUUUCAAUAAAGUGGGCAAAAGUGAAGAAGGUCGGUUGGGCAGUAAGUCUGAAUUUUAGGCUAUUUUUGAGGCUUUUUUCCAAGUCCAUAUGGGAAAUAAGACUAUCUGCUAAAUUGAUCUUAAAUGGACUCAUCCUUUAAAAACAAAUUCUUAAGUGUAUUGCUAUAUCUGCAAAAUUCCUUAUAUUAUUAGUUUGCUUAUUUAGUAAAAUAUACAAGCGAAUAUACUAAAAACCACUGAAUUGCACACUUAAAAGGGUGAAUUUUUUUGUGUGAAUUACUCUCAAAAAAGACAAAAGGCAAAAAAAAAAAGAUGAGAAUAUUAAUAAAUGCACACAUAUAUAUAAAAGAAUGCCGCUCUUUUCCAAACCAAAGAUAUGAGAAAACUUAUCUAAAUCUGUCAAUAUGUUUCUCCAGAAUACCUGUGUGUGUGUUUCGCCUGUGGCACUUUUUUGACAGCACUGUGAGCUAGGUUUUCUAGAUUAUUUUAUCUAGGCAAAAACAGAUGAGCCAGCUUUCCAGAGCCUUGACAGGUAAGGAAGCACGAAGGAGAGCUUCGAUUUGAACCCACGGCUCCCUGUCCUGAAUCACAAUGGUUCACUGCCCACCGCGAGCACCCACCCACCCGCAGCUCAUCUCUUCUGCCUCUGCCCGAAACAUCCCCCCGCCGGCGCCGACUGUUCGCCCCACCGCCCCGGAGGGAGCCCAGCACGUUCAGACCGUUCGCGAGCGUGCGGCGACGCGAGGCCGGUCACCGAAGAGCAGAACCGCAGGUCAAGCCUAAGCCCAGCGUCGCGUCAGCCGCCCAGCUCCCCCACAGCGGCGUGAAACGCGGCCCCCGGGCAGGGCAGACGCGGUCCGGCCGCAGAGUGGGAUCUGAGAGCGGCCGGGCCUGCGGGGGCCUGCGGGGCCUGGCGCGCCGCGUCCGCCCGCUGCCAGCAGGGUCAGCAGUGAAGCUCCCGGGGCCUUUCGGGGCCGGGCCGCGCCUGGGCCUGCGCGGCGGGGCCGGGCUGUGCGGGGCGGCCUGGCCGGCGGCUGGGAGCUGUCCGCAGACCGGCGGCCGGACUUGCGGGCGGCGGGCAGGCAGUGCGCCGGGCAGCCCUCGGAGGGAGGCAUGGCGGCGGCCCUGGGGGUGCGGGGGGCGACGCGCCGCUUGCUGGCGGCGCCGACGGGCCGGACCGCGGGUCUCGCGGCCAUGUCAGCAGAUGCCCACUUGUUGACAGCUGAGGAGAGGAAACAAGUUAUACUUGACCUUAAAGCAGCCGGAUGGUUGGAAUUAAGUGAGAGAGAUGCCAUCUACAAAGAAUUCUCCUUCAAAACUUUCAAUCAGGCAUUUGGCUUUAUGUCCCGAGUUGCCCUACAAGCGGAGAAGAUGAAUCAUCACCCAGAAUGGUUCAAUGUGUACAACAAGGUCCAGAUAACUCUCACCUCGCAUGAUACUGGUGGACUGACCAAAAGAGAUGUGAAACUGGCCAAGUUUAUUGAAAAAACAGGGAAUUGGAGGAGAGGACAAGUGUUUUCUCCAUGGCUUUCCGCAAGGUGUGGCAAUAUCAGGAUUCUCAGUCACAGUGACCAACUUGCCAGGAGGAAAGAUACUCAGUGUCGGGCAUUUGUGGAAAGAAUCAUACUGAGUCGUCUCUUUAAGAUAAUUAUGAUUAGCACCAUCUCAAUGAAUGCCUUUUUGGUGGUCUUGGGGACUGAUUAUGAAACAAGAUACAACUUGUUCAGACUUUGGGAGUUGGCGGAGAUCAUUUUCGUGGCCAUCUAUAGCGCCGAGUUCUACAUGAAGCUCUACGUGGACCCCAUCGACUACUGGAAGGAUGGUUACAACCUGUUAGAUGUGUCGGUUAUCGUCAUUCUCUCGAUCCCCUACAGUCUCCGCAAGAUCAAGGGCAAGCACUACCCCUAUCUCCACAUUGCUGAUGGCUUGCAGUCCCUGCGCAUUCUCAAGCUUAUCACCUAUAGCCGUGGCAUCCGCACGCUCAUCACGGCCGUGGGGCAGACGGCCUACACCGUGUUCUCCGUGCUCAGCCUGCUCUUCAUCCUGAUGUACAUCUUCGCUGUCCUGGGCUUCUCCCUGUUUGGGACAACCGGCCAGGGUGACCUGAGUAACUGGGGGAACCUGGCUGGAGCCUUCUUUACGCUCUUCAGCUUGGCCACGUUGGAUGGCUGGACAGACCUGCAGCAGCAGCUGGACGACCAGAAUUUUGCUCUGAGCCAGGCGUUCACCAUCAUCUUCAUCUUGCUUGCAAACUUCGUCUUCCUCAGCAUGUUCGUGGGCGUGAUGAUCAUCCACACGGAGGACUCCAUAAAAAAGUUUGAGCAGGAGCUGAGGCUGGAGAGGCACAUGACAGUCAUGGAGGAGAAGCAGGUGAUUGUGAAGCGACAGCAGGAGGAGGUCAGCAGGCUGAUGCAGACACAGAAAAACGCUGACUACAAAAGUUUCGGUGAACUGGUGGAGAACUUCAGGAAGACCCUGCGGCACACGGACCCCAUGGUCUUGGAUGAUUUUGGCACCAGCCUUCCCUUCAUCGAUGUCUACUUGUCCACUCUGGACAACCAGGACACUACGAUCUACAAGCUUCAAGAGCUCUACUACGAGAUCGUGCACACACUGGGCCUGAUGCUGGAAGACCUGCCCCAGAAGAAACAGUCCCACUCCUCGGACAAGGUUGACAAGAAGUAGCUGGACACGGACACACUGGCGCUGAAGGCCUCGAAGGCUGUGACAGGACCGCAUUAAACACAGGCUUUCUGAGCUGGUCUCUUCACGGCUGCUGUGAUCAUGGCGUUUCCCUACCUUUGGGGUUGGGUCUGGAUAGGUGCCCUUGAAGCCUGAUUCCCCGAACCACCCACCGCCACACACACACAAGAUGCAGCUAGACCUUGGGAGUGGGGAGACGGAGGCUCAAGACUCGCCCUGGAUAGCGGCCAUAUUCAGGGGCCACACUGGCUCUCUCCUCCCUUGACUCCUAAUAGCAAAUAGCCACUGAGCUUCUGGGGAAGCUGCCUGAGGACCCCGGACCAAGAAGGUCCUCUAAUAGCCCCGUAAGAGUGUGUGGCUCCUUUGAGCUGGUGUGGCCUGCUUCCCUGUUGGAACCCCUUCUGGGCUCAUCUGGAGGGUACCCCACAUCUGGCAAGCUGUCUCUGCCAUGGGGAUCCCUCUUUAGAAGUCUACUCUGCUUUCCCCUCGGCCUACAGUGGUCAUGGUGCUCCCAGGGGUGCAACCGUGGCUGGCAGCACUGUUGUGUGGGCACCAGGCUCAGGGUGGGCUGCCCUAGGGGAGUGGCCUGCGGGCAAUGCCAGGGCACCUCAUACGGGGUCAGAGAAGUGGCAGCAUCAGGUGCUUUGGGCUGCUUUCCCCCUUAGAUUGGUUAGGACUUCAUUGAAAAGGGGAUUUUCUGUGACUUUCCUGGCCAAAUGACUGCCAGAGUUGCCAGUGUCCUGGUAGGACCAUGGUCUAGCCAUGAUGGAGCUGUCCGAAGGCCCAGAUAGGGCAGGGCGGCUGGUAGCCCUUGCUCCCCGCUGGCCAUGCCAGAGUCCCAGCAGUGCCCCCUCUCCUCCAUUGCUGGGGAGUAUUCUUGAGGCCUGUCACCUUGGCAGUGCCAUCUCAGUCAGAGGGAGGGGCAGGUUCUGGGUAGAGCUGGGGAUGGGGAGACCAGCUCCUAUAGCGGAGUGCAAAAAGGCUCCAGACCCACACGGGGUCAGGUCAGCAGAGCACAUGAGGGGUAGAGUUGAGAGUGGGAGCACAAAAAGGUCCCGUGGGUGGGCUCACGGGCUCCAGGCCUGGGUGACGGCACCGCUGGGCAUAGGACAAGGGCAGGUGGAAGCCUAUUCUCAUGGCUUCAUUCAUACACUGACUGCUGUUUACUGAGCUGCGUUGAGUCGGGGGGAGGGUGGUUCUGUGAGGAGAAACCUAGUCUCGUCCUCUUGGUGCUCACAUUUGCACAGAGAACACAAUCCAGCAGAUAAACAAUGCCAAGGAUUGCUCUGGAAAGAGACCCAUCGCUAUUGUUGGGGUGGGGAGCCCUCUGAGGGCAGGGAGUGUAGCCUCGCUGCUUCCUGGGGUGGAGAGAACUUUGUGCCAAUGCCCUGGGAGGUGGGUCUGAAGUAAGCAGGGUGUCUGUGCCCUUUGUGGCAGGGGGAGAAGCUCGGCCUUAUGCGUCCAGUGCCUAACCAUGAAGGCUGGCGCUUCCAGGGAUGCUUCUGGUGGAUGCAGCCCCGUCAGCAGGGCAGGCAGACCUCAGGCAAUGGCUCAAUUCAGGGCUGGGGCAAAACAAGCAUUGCCAACUGCUCACACUGGGUGUGCCAGUGUUGCCCAGGGGAAUAUCAAAACACAUCCACCUGUUCUCACCAGGAAUCCUGGGAAUUGCCCCAGGCAUCCGGGAGUGAACAAAAGAUUUAAAAACUUGUCUCAGGGAGGCAAAUUAGAAAGUACCGUGGUUUUGGAGUUAGGAGACCUGGGUUCCUUAAUCUGAUGACUUGGCAAGGUAUCUGAUCUUUGGAAACCUCAGCUAUUUCCUCUGAGAAAUGGGCUGAUGAAAACUGACCAUCUAUAAGGAUCAAGUAAGAUAACCUGUGAGAAUGUAAAAAGAAGAUGUAGACAACUUAUGGUUUGUGCUUUCUGGCUAUCAGCUCUACCUUUCUGGUGGCUUUGCCAAUCGGGCUGAGAGACUGGGCCAAAGUCAAGGUGGGGGAGGAAAGUAUGGAGCUGAGAGCAGGGAGCAGAGGUCAGGGUCUGUGGGGGUGGGGUGAAUGGGCCUCCAGAUACACGCUGGACCUGAAAGGCCCCGGGCAUGUGGUGUGGGAGGGCAAGCGGCCUUUAACAGUACAAGCAGAAGACUGUCCCCGUGGACAAUUGGGAGAGGGCGACAUGCAGAGGGCUGGCCCAACACGGUUGGCAAAUCAAGCCAAUGGAUAUUUGGCUCUAUUUACCUUUAGAACAAACACUGGCAGAUUAGAAUUCCCACUUGGGCUCUCACCAACUCAAACAGGCUUGGUCAAGGCUUUCAGUUGAUUUGCUUGGGGCAGAAGUGACUCUGCUUGCCCCCGUCGGCCGGUGGAAAGCAGGACUCUCUCCUCCGCAGCCUGGGAUCCAGCAGAGCUGUCCCCAAAGGGCUCGCUUAUCUCCAGCCUGGUGGUUUGGGGGCUGCGGUGGGAGGCGGGGGACCUGGGCCUGAGUCAUCCGAUCACACCCAGGCCCUCCCCCAGAUCUUGUGGGAAAGAUCUAGAAUCCAAGGCUGGAGGUGUUUGGAAGGUGGCCGGAUUUCUUUUUUCUUUUUUUAAAACUACUAUUGAUUCCACCAGCAGGAAGCAGUCCCUAUAUUAUGGAGAUCCAGGCAGUGACUGAGAAUAUAAACUCUCCUAUUUAUUCCAAUAGCCCCUAGAAGUCCAAUACUGAGAUGCUAGAAGCUGCACAAUUCCUGUUUUCUUCAAAUGUGGGUGAGAUCGGACACUUCCUAAAACAAACUACCUUUCACCAGGUGAGACUUUGGCAUCUCUCCCUGUUUUAGUCUGUCCCUGGUCCCAAACUGCCUGGUGGGUCUCCUUCAUUAUCCCACAGACUCUCAAGAGAGAAGAUGGCCCCGAAUUCCUAACUAGGCCACUCAGAAAGGAAGGGUAAUUGCUGAUUCUAGUCACGAGAUGGGAAAGGGGGAGAAGGAGGUAGAUGUGGUGGAGAGAGAUUUAUCAACACGUGAGUGUCGACUCUCACCCUCACUGCCACCGUUCUGUCUGCUUGGUCGGCCACAUGCCUCACCUUACCGAGUUCUAGCUUUGAUUUUGCUUUCAGCUUGGUGUGAUGCAGCACUGGGGGAAUGGGGAGAGCCAGGACUGGAGAACUGGAAGGAAAGGAAGCGUUCGUGGUUUCUUGGUCAGCUCCUGGGAUCUCCUCCGUGGUGGAGAAUCAGGGUCACAGGCACUGGGACAAGUGGGGAAGAAGGAAGUAAAAACUGAGGCCGGGAGUCAGAGACUUUCAGACGGAGGCUCUGAUACGGCUGGAGUGUGAGACCUGGAAAGGGGAGAAAUGGCGACAAGUGUCCUUGUGGAGUAAGAACUGGAUCCUGAUUGAUGUUCUUUGAAAGACGGAAAUAAUGAUUGGAAUUGUUUAUAGAUGAGUUGUGGUUUUUGAACUGUACCUUUUAAAAAUGGAACCCCAUGAAUACAUUUGACCGCGUGGAGCCUGGAUUAUAUUUGGGUGACAUGAAGAUCACCCAGUGUAAUAGAAACCCCUCCGGCUAAGACUGGGAACUGUUAGGAGGACUUUACAAACCACUGACUGAGUCCCCCAGCUGGAUCAGAGGCCCUCAGGUGAAGUACCACAGAGGGGGGUGGCCCCAAGUGUAAGUGGCUUUUUGCCAAAAUGAAGUCUCAAAAGAAAGUGUGGAAGAAGCCAGAGGGGGUGCAGAGUCUGUCCUAAAACUCUGGGGAAACUGGGGAUUGGCCCCAACCUUUGUAAGCUGGUGAGGGGACAAUGACUUCUCCCAGCAGGGCACCCCACUCCCCACAGUUCAGCAUCCUGUGAGCAUAACUGGCUCUUGACUCCCCUCUUCCCCGGUGGGACCUUGAUGCCUGGGAUUGGGUCUGAGAUGAAAAGACCUUUUCAAAACUUGCCGCUGGACAAGAAAAGGAGGCGUCCAAGCAGAGUUCAGGCCUGGGCUCCAGAGGUACAGCUGCUGUCUUUGUUGUCCAUGGAAAUAACGCCUUCUGUUUUGUCAGCAUUUCUGUUUAUAAGAUACUUCCACACAUGAUUUGAGCCUCAUAACAACCCUUUGGCAUUAUCAUCAUUCCCAUUAAACAGGUGGCAAAACUGAGGUUCAAAGAGGUGAUGUAACCUACCCAAGGUUGUACAACUAAGGGGAAACCACGAUUCACAACCAAGCAUGUCUGGUUUGUUUACCACUGUGCUCUAACGCCGUGCAACAGUCUUCUGAGGAAUUAUUAUUCCCAUUUUAUAGGUGGGUAAGCAGGCACUCAGAGAGACUGUCACUUGGCCAAGAUUGUCAUUAAAGGGCAUAGUCAGUAUUUGAAUGCAGGCCACACAUGUGCCCCUGUGCUCUGCUGCUUCACAGCAACCUUGUUCUUUCGUAUCAAAGCUAUCUUCUGAACUUUAAAAAUCAAGCCAUGAUUCCUUCCUGAGCAGGGCCUGACUCUGGGAGGAGGGAGCAUAGUCUCGGUUUGCCAGCUUCCUGGCCCCUCCUCGCUGCCUGGUGGAGUCUGUGAAGUCUGCUGGCCCAGUGGCUCCUGGCUUGGCCCUGGGAGCCCUUGGGAGCUCCAGGGAUGGAAAGGUCGGCAGGAAGCCAUCAGAGUGUGCAGAUGGAGGGGUGACCGUGGUGCCUCCUCAGGGAAUUACAGCCUGGGCAGCAGAAGGGUUUGGCUUAGAGGCCCCCUUCCCUGUAUUCCAGUAAAGCAGGCCCACAUGGGGGCUUGGCCAGCCGAUGGGAUGUGCUGAGCAGGCCGAAUGAGCCAGUCUUGUCAGUGCCGUGCAGAGCCAUCCCCACGCCCAGAAACUUGGCCUCUUGGGUGGCGACAUUAUAUUAAUAGUCCUUUCUGGCCUUCUGCCUGCUCCUGCACCCACUGAUAACUCAUCAGAAAGGGUAGAAGCUGUGGGCAUCUAGAAGGGGCGCUUUAGGAGGCAGUUGUCCUGCGUAGGUGGUUUCUUACCUGACCCUUGAAUGAGCGAGCAGAAAGCAAGUGAAAGAAUUGUCAGGUGGAAAACGCCAGUUGCAGAAUUGUACAUAACAACACAUGUAUAAUAUUAAAAAAAUUAAAAAAGGAUGAACAGGACACCGGAAGUGGCAGUGAGAAUUUUUUUUCUCUUUCAGGUGGCAAAGAUGAUAGACAAAAGCUAGUGUUGGCCGGGGUCUGGAGAAUGGAUACCCUGUCUACUUUGGCAGGACAAAUAGGUGUGGCUUUCAUAGGCGACAUGGAUUAGAUUUUAGGUAUGUUCCUAUGGCCCAACGGGUCUGCUUGAAAUUAUCCCAAGGAGCCACGUGACAAAAACACGGAGACGCAUGGAUAAGGAUGUUUAUUUUGGCCUGUUAUAAUUGGAAUGUGACAAAAGGAAAUAGGAUUACCUAAAUGCCCAUUGGUGAGGAAACUUGUUAAAUUAUUUUGAAUCCAUAUAUAAAAAUAGUACAUAAAAAUACAUACUUAAAACACUGGCAGAUUAAAAAUAGUGAUCUUUUGAUAAGAAUAGAUGUUCUUGAUGUUAUAUUGAAUGAAAAGGAGGGCCUUCUAGAG